AUGAGCACCUCAAGUGGAAACUCACAUGACAAUAUGGAGUUACAGCAACCAGUUUGUAUGCCCGAUGAAAACUCGGGUUUAUUUAGAGUGUUAAAUAAUGUUCCACUAGCUUCUAACAACGAAACAACCAAAGAACAGCAAAUAGUUUAUUAUACUGUUCCAGCAAACAUACAACCGAUUAAUUCCAAUCAGCCAUACGUUUGCUUGCAACAAUUGCCAAAUAGUCAAAUGGCCAAUCAAUAUCCACCAACCAGCCUAUUCGUUCAUCAUCAACCUCAACAACAACAACAAUUAUCACUAAAUAACAACGUGGCACAUGGUGGGGCACAACAACCAAUGUUACAUUCCAACAUGUUUCAACAACAAGCCUUUUUAUCCACAUGUCAACCAGCUUUUAAUAUUAUGGAGAUGCCUUCAUCAUCAAUGAGUAAUCCAACAGUAUCCUCUACGCCAAUAUCAGCUAGUGCCAAGAGAGGGCGCAAUGACACCAGUGGUAUCUCAGAAUCGAAUAUUCAAGUUAGACCUCAAUAUCCACAGAUUACUCGAGUUCUCAACACGAACAAUACUUCUAUUAAACGUCAUCGCGUUCUAGGUGAAGUUGGACAUGUUGAUUUAUCUCUAGUAGGUGCUGCAUUAUCCAACUACGAUGUUUUUUAUCAAGCAGGUGAAAAUGCGCAUGGUGGAGUGCUGGUGUUGAUACGUAAAGAUAUUCAUGUUACAAGAGUCUCCUGCUCACUGCCAAACAUUUGCGUAAUCGACAUUUUCUUAAGUGAAAUAAUCAGACUGAUUGCAAUCUACGCCCCAGCAAGUAAAACUUGGAAUUGGACCGAUCUUACGACCGUAAUUACCAACCGUUGUAUGAUCAUGGGGGAUUUUAAUAUUGAUAUUGAACGUGAUGGUGACAAAGCGGAUCGAUUACUCGAAUGGUUGGACUCUUGUUGUCUCAGGCCUGUGGUUCCGGACUCGUAUACAUCACUUCGUUCAGAUCGAACUAUAGAUUAUGCUGUCACUAACGGUGUGGAUUUGACUAUGCAAACGUAUGAAGGUGAUAUCAGCAGCGAUCAUAAACCGCUAUUAGGUGUAUUUACAGAUGAUGGUGCUCCGAAAACUGUAGGAUCUCGUACAAUAUGGCCGGUCUUUUCGCUAGUUCUAUCUUAUACAUAUGAAUAUUGGGAAAAAAAGGAAUGGAACACUCAAUUAUCCGAAACUACCUACGAACAUUUCAUUUUGUUUCUUACAUCGCUUAGUUAUAGAUGUCAACAAUAUUUUGCAAUUAAACGUGCUCGACCAUCCGUUCCACAGGAACUUCUGAAACUUCUUACUCAAAGUCGUUCGUUAUCUUUUAAAGCAAAGCGAAAAGGUGACAUCCAACUUCGUAAUGAAGCUCAUCGACUGCGUAAUCUAGCACGUUUCGAAUUAAAGCGUUUCCAGCAGGAGCAACUGGCUAAACAAUUAAAAGAAAGAUAUGUACAAGGUGAAGGCUCUACACUCUUUUGGAACAAAACUAAAAGACACUUUCGACAUGUAUCCUCGUCUCUUAGGGGCUUCGCUACACUGAAUGGUGAGAUUAUAAAAGAUCCGCAAGUCAUGGCAAAUACAGCAGCAGAAUAUUAUGAAAAACUAUUCCAGGCCCCGGUAGUGAUGCGCCCACACCCAUACGUCGAUGCUCCUCCCCUUUUAUGGGAGAAUGCAUCAAAUGAUAUACGGCGUGUUACGUACCCAGAAAUAAUAAAUAUACUACAAUCAAGAAAGAAGAAACAAUCGUUAGAUAUCCAUGGUCUAUCACCUUUUAUACUUGACAAAAUCCCUCGUCAUUACUGGCUUCUUUUGACUCAACUAUAUAAUUACUCAUUUGGUGAAAGUUACAUUGUGAAAAAAUUUAAAGAAGUCCGAAUGGUACUGCUUGCUAAGAAAAGUGCUAUAUGUGCACCAGAUCAAACACGACCUAUUUCACUUCUCGAUUCGUUUUUGAAAGUUCAAGAAAAACUAUUUCUCAAUAGAUUCGUUCAAGUGUUGAAAGACAGAGGUAUACUACCAGAUAAUCAAUCUGGCUUUCGUGCUGGAUAUAGAUUACAAACUCGUGUGUUACUACUUAUUGAACAAAUCUCAUCAUAUAUGGCAAACAGCUCUCCGGUAGCGACGGUCUUCGUAUAUUUCAAAUCUGCAUUCGAUCAACUGUGGUUUGAAGGAUGUUUGGGUAAGCUCAUCAGACUGGGAAUCCCGCAUACCUAUGUGAAUUGGAUUCAUGCCUGGCUAACUGGUCGUAAAGCAACCAUCGAAGUACAGAGUAAAAGAUCAAGAUGGAUCGAAAUUAAUCGUGGUGGUCCACAAGGUUCGAGUUUAACACCCUCGUUAUUCAUUACAUAUCAUAGUGAUAUGGCUGACUAUAUCCCUGGAGCAAUGUCGUUCUUCUUUGCAGAUGACCUUGCAGCAGUACUAUCCGGGCAGAUAGGAAUUCGUUUUACCGAUCAAUGUAUUGAUCUCGAACGUCGACUACAAUCGUUCUUAGAUCAACUUGAAUUCUACUCGAUACUAUCUGUACAACCGAUAAACUAUGCGAAAACUCAAGCAAUGUUCUCGGCAAGAGCGAUUGGAUAUCCAAACCCCAUGCCCCAAGUUCACUGCGGAGAUCAUACGAUUGAGUGGAUCUCUUCCUUCAAGUACUUAGGAUAUUGGCUAACGACGAAGCUAGGCUGGGGAAAUAUUCUAGGAAAGAUCCGAAUUACUGUCCGUCAGAAAACAGCUCUGGUCAAUUCGUUCAGAAUUAGUGGUACAUCCUCCACGAAAUUACGUCGAGCACUUUUCUCCACAUUUGUGCUACCGCAUUUUACGUGGUUAUUCGGAAUUUUUCCAUUAUUAACCGAGUCUCAGCGUGCUGAUCUUAACCAUCUAUACUUCACACUUUUAAAACGGAUUUAUUAUUGUCAAUGCUGGGAGGAUCUACUGUUCUCAUCACUAUAUAGAGAAAAAUUACUUGAAGAUCAUUGUUAUACUUACUGGGAAAGGUAUCUAAAAGUACUAUCCAAUUCCAGGGACGGAUAUCUUAUGCUGGAACAAUCAGAACUGAACACGCAUAGAACGAACUGGCAGCAAGGUGCAAAAUCGAUUCGCUGUCUACAUAGAUCGAAAAGAUUCGUACCACAUGUGGAUGUCUUUGGACAAGCGAUGAAGUGGGUGGAAUCUCAUGGGACGGCCGACUCAAUCAUUGAUUGCAACGAGGAUGAUGUAGCUUGUUUUGCUUUAUUUUCCGAGAGUUUUAGAUAAUAGAUUUAGUUAAGGUCAUCAUGACAAAAAAGAUUGAAUGAAUCAGAGCGAGAGAGAAGACAACGGUCGUGAUGAAUGUGAGAAAAUUGAAAGAAUGAAAGGGGAGAAGAGAUACGUGAGAACAGUAUCGAAAGAGAACAACACUGUAAAAUAAAAUAAAAACGAACAAAACAUAUAUGUUUCAUAUCUACGUACACACUCAUCUAUGAUACACGGAAUCUCCUCAAAUACUUGUUUAUCAAAAUAACCAAGCGUUUAACACUCUCUUCAAACAAGUGAAUACACAAUAUUGAUUAACCACUUGAUAAAUUAGCCGUAAUGAACCAACGCUUCCGUUUAACCUGCAUAUUUUCUAUGUUCAUCAUCUCAAGCACAAUAGGCAAUCCAGUUUACAAUCAAGGUCGUACGUAUCUCGACAAAGCUCUUCAAACAGCGCUUGAAGCACAACAGCAGUCAGAUGGUCAAAUCACAGGGAUGGAAGAUCAACAACAAAAUGAAAAUAAAAAUCAAGGUCUAAUAAACACGAUAGUAAACCAUAAUAAUAAGAUGAAGAACAUCGAGAACAAAUAUAAUUUUUUUGUCAACAACUACGCAAACUCAAGCCAUGUGAAAGAGUACAUUGAAAAAACAAAAGAAAUUGAAAAUCAUGUGUUCGGUGCGCCUCGUCCACAUCGAUCGUGGCGGGAAUUCCUGCUGAUAUUUGUUAGUUGUUGCAUUUUCGGCGGUCUAUUAUUUAAACUAGGAAGAAAGUACGUUGUACCAAAAUUUGAAAAAUGCGUUCGUGAAGUAAAUAGUGACAAGCAGACUAGCAUUUCAUCAAUCAGCGAACGCAUAUCUAAUGGCAAGCGGAGUGACAAAACAGCAAUCGAGGAACUGAAACUAAACUUGGAGAAACAGCUGAUCGCAAAUAACCAGCGACACAAUGAACUGAUCCAAAUGAUGAAAGAUAGUAUUAAUAGUCCAGUUCGAUUAGAAGAUCCUUAAUUCAUGGUUGAGCGCUUAUGAACUUAGAGUCACCGCUUGCCUAUUGCCUAUUAUCAUCAUUAUUAUUAUUAUGUUCUCUUUUUUUUUGCUCUGUUUCUUUAGUGAAAUACAGUGAAGUUUCGUUCUUCCUCGCUAACUUGCAUGCUACGCAGAUAGUCAACACUUGCUAACGGCCUUUUGUUUUUCACUCUUUUUGGUACUUCUCUUUUGCUGUUUUCUUUUCGGUGCCCUUCGCUUCGCUCGUGUACUGCUUCAGAAAGAAUGUCUUCUUUGUUUUUUAUCUUCAUUGUUUAUUCUUAUUUUUUAUUUAAUUCAGCUACUUUUUCUAUUUUUAUUUUUUAUUUUUUCUUCUUCUUUCUUUCUUCCUUUCUUGCUCUUUUCCUCCUUCUUUCUCUUAUCGUAUAACCGGUACAUUAUCUUUCAAGCUCAAAUGUCCCUUUAGGACCGUCAGGGUCAUAGGGUUAACAUCGGCAUAAUAAAAAAAAAAAAAAAAAAAAAAUUCAAGAUUGUUUUCAGAUAAAUCUAAUUCAGGUGAAUAACUUUCAUCUGACAUCUCAUCAAUUAUGAAAGAGCAAGCGGUGUAAGAAACACCAAAAUAAUAAUUCCUUUGAGUUAUUAGAGUCGUUAAGGUGUAAAUGAUGUUGAUAUAACGAUAAUAAUGAUUGAGGGUGUGGGGGGGGGGGGGGUAUAGGUGUGGGGGCUGAUGUGGUUGGGAGUGUUGGUGUGAAUGUAGUUGUACCUGAUCUGUCAUCCACACCCACACCCACACACAUUAUUAUCGGUA